UGACACCAAUGAUGGGGCACUAUUCCUCCCAUUGACACCAAUGACACUUGCUGACCCCUUGACACCAAUGAUGGGGCACUAUUCCUCCUACUGACACCAAUGAUACUUACCUUGCUGACUCCUGCUCCAGCCUGGGCUCGCUCCCUCCCUCCCUCUCCCAUCUACAGCCAGCAUACCUGGCUGCAGCAGCACCAUCUGCACGCUACAGACACUUACCUGUCAGCUGUCUUCCUUCUCCGGCCG